UGGGAAUGCUGCGGAAGUCAUUAACAGAAAAGGAAGAUCAGGCCAGAUAAGCUGGGAGAAAACCUGUAGUGGCCCUAGACUGGGAAAGGAAAAAAAACCCAGACCCCUGCAUGGCAUAGGUCUGGGGAUUGCUACUGCUGGUUCUUUAAGCUGGGAGCGUGACUGUGACCAACAUUGACAAAAGAGGUGUUCUGAAGAAACAAUGGAGGCUGGAACGUUGUGCUGCCCAAGACAAAGGCAAGUCCUAUUUCUUUUUCUGUUUGGGGGAGUAUCCUUAGCAGGUUCUGGGUUUGGACGAUAUUCGGUAACAGAGGAAACAGAGAGAGGAUCAUUUGUUGUCAAUCUGGCAAAAGAUCUAGGGCUAGGAGACCAGGAGUUGGUUGCAAGGGGAGCCCGGGUGGUCUCUGAUGACAACAAACAUCACCUGCUCCUGGAUUCUCAGACUGGAGAUUUGCUUACCAAUGAGAAACUGGACCGAGAGAAGCUGUGUGGCCUCACAGAGCCCUGUAUACUAUAUUUCCAAAUUUUAAUGGAUAAGCCCUUUCAGAUUUACCGGGCUGAACUGAGGGUCAGGGACAUAAAUGAUCAUUCACCAACGUUUCGGGACCAAGAGACAGUCUUAAAAAUAUUAGAAAGUACAGCUGAAGGGACAGCAUUUCGACUAGAAAGAGCAGAAGAUGCAGAUGGAGGACUUAACGGUAUCCAAAGCUACACCAUCAACCUGAACCCUUUUUUCCAUAUUAAAAUUAGUGACAGUGAUGAAGGCAUGAUAUAUCCAGAGCUAGUGUUGGAUAAGGCACUGGAUCGGGAGAAGCAGCAUGAGCUCAGUUUAACACUCACAGCACAGGAUGGUGGGACUCCACCCAGGUCUGGGACCACGACAAUUCGAAUUGUGAUCCUGGACAUCAAUGAUAAUGCCCCCCAGUUUUCUCAGACAAUCUAUGAGACCCAGACCCCAGAGAACAGUGCAGUAGGAUCUCUUAUUGCAAAAGUCUCUGCAGGAGAUAUAGAUUCUGGAGUCAAUGCAGACAUAUCCUAUUCACUUUUUGAUGCUUCCGAAGAUAUACGAACAACCUUUCAAGUCAAUCCUUUUUCUGGGGAAAUUGUUCUCAUAGUGUUGCUUGAUUAUGAGCUAAUAAAGUCUUACAAAAUAAGUAUACAGGCAAUGGAUGGAGGGGGGCUUACUGCAACAUGUACAGUUUUGGUGGAGGUAUUAGACGUCAAUGACAAUCCCCCUGAACUGAUCAUAUCAUCACUUUCCAACUAUGUUGCUGAGAACUCUCCUGAGACGGUACUCGCUGUUUUUAGAAUUAAAGACAGAGAUUCUGGAGAAAAUGGAAAGAUGCUUUGCUACAUUCAAGAUAAUCUGCCAUUCCUUCUAAAACCCUCUGUGGAAAAUUUCUACAUCCUAAUGACAAAAGGAGGGCUGGACAGAGAG